AUCAGCCAUGAUUUAAUGGUCCCUUAACUACCUUUCCCUCGACACAAUAAUGUUCAAGUCUUGCUCACGUUUUCUUAGGAUCAAAACUGUUGCAGAACCACGGCAGUUUUUGUUAAAAUUUCCCACGCCAUGAAAUGUUUUGACUUUCACCAAUAAGUCAACAUAUCGCUUGUAUGCUGAGACUCCACACAAGAGAAUCGAGUGGCUGUUUGGGAAACGCAGAGCCAUUAAUAUCCGAACAGUUCCAUGGCGCCCAUCUUACCCAGAAACCUCCGCGCCGCAGAACUCGCCCUAUGUUGAAGGCGAUACCGAGCGCGCAGGCGCGGAGAGCCCGGAAGUGGUGCGGCCAAGGCGCGCAUGCGGUCCGCGGAAAAAAGACUCCGGAGGAUCGGCGGCGGGUAGGAGCGGGGAUCCGGGCGCGGGAUCAGUCAGCACCGAGGCCCCGGCCUGAGGAGCGGCCCCCGGUUGCGGGGAGAAUCGGUGCGGUCCCCGGGGACACGGUGCUGGCGGCAUCUGGCCCUGGUGGCGCAUGCGCAUCGGCUGCACGAUGACGCAUAGACCGGUUUCUGCCUCAUUAGGGGUUGUGGGAACAAGCAGUGGAUUUGUGAAAGGGAAUCUCAAACUGGUUCAGUUCAUCAGUACCUGAAUGCGAUUCACUCAACCUUCUCACCUGAUGGCCCACCAGCAAGUUCUCGCUGUGGAGAAACCAUUUGUCUGUCCCGAUUGUGGGAAAGGAUUCACUCAAGCAAGCAACCUGAAGAGGCACCAGCAUAUUCACACCGGGGCGAGGCCGUUCAUCUGUUCUGAGUGCGGGAAGGGAUUCACUCGUAUGUCCAAUAUGAUAACACAUAUGAGAGUUCACACUGGGGAGAGGCCGUUCACUUGUUCCGAGUGUGGGCAAGGAUUCACUCAGUUAGCCAACAUGAUAACCCACCAGCGAGUCCACACUGGGGAGAGGCCGUUCACCUGCGCUGUGUGUGGGCAAGGAUUCACUCAAUCUCCCCACCUGGUGACACAUCAACGGAUUCACACUCAGGAGAAGCCAUUUGCCUGUCCUGAUUGUGGGAAAGACUUCUCCCGUGCAUGCCAGCUGAAGAGGCACCAGCAAGUCCACACCGGAGAGAGGCCGUUCAUCUGUUCUGAUUGCGGGAAGGGAUUCAUUCAAUCAUCUGACCUACUGAGACACCAGCAGGUUCACACUGGGGAGAGGCCGUUCGCCUGUUCUGAGUGUGGGAAGGAAUUCACUCGUUUGUUCAACAUGAUUAUGCACCAGAGAAUUCACACCGGGGAGAGACUGUUCAUCUGUUCUCAGUGUGGGAAGGGAUUCACACAAUUUUCCCACCUGGUGACCCACCAGCAGGUUCACGCUUUGGGGAAGCCAUUUACCUGUCCCGACUGUGGGAAGGGAUUCACUCAAGCCUACAACCUGAAGACGCACCGGCGAACUCACACCGGGGAGAGGCCGUUCACCUGCGCCGAGUGCGGGAAGGGAUUCACCAACUCCUCCGGCCUGGUGGCCCACCAGCGGAUCCACACCGGGGAGAAGCCGUUCAUGUGUCCCACCUGCGGGAAGGGCUUCAUCCGCUUGCACUCCCUGGAGAUCCACCAACAGGUGCACCCUGGGGAGAAGCCGUUCACCUGCUCGGACUGCGGGAAGGGAUUUGUCCAGUUGUCUGGGCUGCAGACACACCAGCGGAUCCACACCGGAGAGAGGGCAUUCACCUGCUCUGAGUGUGGCAAGGGGUUCACCCACUCCUCCAGGCUGCUGAUCCACCAGCGGAUUCACACCGGGGAGAGACCCUUCACUUGUUCUGAGUGCGGGAAGGGAUUCAUUCAAUUGUCGACUCUCCGGUCCCACUUCCAAAUUCACACCGGGGAGAGGCCGUUCACCUGCUCCGUGUGCGGCAAGGGCUUCAUCCAAUCGUCAAACCUCAGGUCACACUAUCAAAUACACACCGGGGAGAGGCCAUUCAUCUGCUCUGAGUGUGGCAAGGGAUUUUCACGAUUGUGCUCGCUGCAGUUGCACCAGCGACUUCACACUGGGGAGAAGCCAUUUACCUGCCCCGAGUGCGGGAAGGGGUUUAUUCAAUUGUCGAGUCUCACCUCGCACUACCGGACACACACCGGGGAGAGGCCUUUCAUCUGCUCCGUGUGCGGGAAGGGCUUUUUUCAAUUGUCGAACCUCCGAUCGCACUAUCAAAUCCACUUUGGGGAGAAAUCUUUCCCCUGUUCCGUGUGUGGGAAGAGAUUUCACCACUUGUCCGGCCUACAGAAACACCAGCGGAUUCACACCGGGGAGAGGCCGUUCACCUGCUCCGAGUGCGGCAAGGGAUUCACUCAAUUAUCUAUACUGCAGAAGCACCGGCGGCUUCACACUGGGGAGAAGCCAUUCACCUGCUCUCAGUGUGGGAAGGGAUUCGUUGACUCACCUGCUUUGCAGAUACACCAGAGAGUUCAUACGGGGGAGCGACCAUUCACCUGUUCUGAGUGUGGGAAGGGAUUCACUCAAUCGUCGACUUUACUGGGGCAUCUGAAGAUUCACACGGGAGAGAAGCCAUUCACCUGCUCCGAAUGCGGGAAGGGAUUCACUCAAGCCGGCAACCUGAAGAGGCACGAGCGGAUUCACACCGGGGAGAAGCCGUUCACCUGCUCUGAGUGCGGGAAGGGAUUCACUCAUUCAUCGGCGGUAUUGAGACACCAGAGAACUCACACUGGGGAGAGGCCAUUCGUCUGCUCUGAUUGUGGCAAGGGAUUCACUCAAUUGUCCAGCAUGUUAAUACAUCAGCGCAUUCACACUGGAGAGAGGCCGUUCACCUGCUCUGAGUGCGGGAAGGGCUUCAUUCAUUCAUCGGCGUUACUGAGACACCAGAGAAUUCACACUGGGGAGAGGCCGUUCACCUGCUCUGAUUGUGGGAAAGAAUUCAGACAAUCUCACACCCUGAAGAUCCACCAGCGAGUUCACGCUGUGGAGAAAUCAUUUGCCUCUCCCAACUGUGGGUAGGGCUGCACUGAUAACGUUCAAAUUGGUGACCCACCAUAGAAUUCACACUGGGGAGAGUGGCAUUCACCUGUCUACUGUGUGGCAAGGGAUUCACUUGAUUAUCUGAGCAGUUCACACACCAGCUCGUUCACGAUUGGGGAGGGGGUGAGGGGGGUAGUGGAGUUUAAUGAAGUGUUUGAUUUGGUGUUUAGCCAUUGCCCAGGGGCGCAGUUGGGAUUUGUUCUGCAAUUGUUUGUAAUGCCUAUAACUGCUAGAAUUUAAUGUCUUGGAUCUGUGACAAAUAAAUUGUUAACCCUG